AUGUCGAUCGUAUCCAACGGGCAAAGUUUCAUGGAAUUUACCAUGAUAUUGUCCGCGGUCGGCAUCAGGGAAGGUGCGUCAGAUAAAUCGAUUACUUUGGGAAGUUGGAAGGCUGGAUAUGACAGCAAUUUGACCCUUCUAGACGAACAAGUCAUGUCCAACUACACGGCAGAUGUCGUUUACAGGAUAGUUACUUUAGAACAAGCUCCGUUUAUAAUUAAAGAUGAAACCGCCAGAAAAGGCUACAAGGGUUACUGCAUAGAUCUGAUAGAUAAAAUAGCGGAGAGCCUCAAGUUUGACUACGAGAUUCAGGCCGUUUCCGACGGCAAAUUCGGAAACAUGGACGAUCAGGGUAGAUGGAACGGCGUGGUUAAAGAGUUGAUCGAAAAACGCGCCGACAUCGGGUUGGGUUCGAUGUCCGUGAUGGCGGAAAGGGAAAACGUCAUCGAUUUCACCGUCCCUUACUACGAUUUAGUCGGGAUAAGUAUUCUGAUGAAGUUGCCGACCACGGCUACAUCCCUGUUCAAGUUCUUGACGGUUCUGGAACACGAGGUGUGGUUGUGUAUUUUGGCCGCGUAUUUCUUCACCAGUCUUUUGAUGUGGGUUUUCGACCGCUGGAGCCCCUACAGCUACCAAAACAAUCGCGAAAAGUACAAGGACGACGAGGAAAAGCGGGAAUUCAACCUGAAAGAGUGCCUUUGGUUCUGCAUGACGUCAUUGACCCCGCAAGGCGGCGGGGAAGCCCCCAAGAAUCUAUCAGGUCGGCUGGUGGCCGCCACUUGGUGGUUGUUUGGCUUCAUCAUAAUUGCUUCGUACACCGCCAAUCUGGCGGCUUUUCUCACCGUUUCCAGACUGGAUACCCCAAUAGAAUCACUGGACGAUUUGUCGAAACAGUACAAAAUUCAAUACGCACCGUUGAACGGAUCGGCUUCCAUGACGUACUUCGAAAGAAUGGCCAAUAUCGAGGCCAAGUUUUAUGAGAUUUGGAAAGACAUGAGUUUGAAUGAUAGUUUAUCUGACGUGGAAAGAGCAAAGUUGGCCGUUUGGGACUAUCCAGUUAGCGAUAAAUACACAAAAAUGUGGCAAGCCAUGAAGGAAGCCGGACUUCCGAACACUUUAAAAGACGCAGUAGAGAGAGUUCGCGCAUCAAGGUCUUCGAGUGAAGGUUUUGCAUUUUUGGGGGAUGCUACUGAUAUUAAAUACUUGGAGCUCACUAGUUGCGACCUAACAGUCAUUGGAGAAGAAUUUUCGAGAAAACCUUAUGCCAUAGCGGUUCAACAAGGGUCCCCUUUAAAGGACCAAUUUAAUACAGCUAUUUUGUCGUUGUUGAAUAAAAGGGAGCUGGAAAGAUUGAAGGAGAAAUGGUGGAGUAACAAUCCCGAAGCUAAGAAAGAUUGUGAAAAGCAAGAUGAUCAAUCCGAUGGCAUCAGUAUUCAAAAUAUCGGUGGUGUCUUCAUCGUUAUUUUCGUUGGUAUAGGUUUGGCUUGCAUUACUUUGGCAUUCGAAUAUUGGUGGUACAAAUACCGCAAAGGAACUAAUAUUAUUGAUGUGCAGCAAGCUCAACCCAGUCAACAAAAACUCACCUUUCCGAAGGAAUUUGGCAGGAUGAAAUCAAAUUUUGCCAUUCAGACCAAAAAAUUGUAUCCCAGAUCAAGAUUUUAG